AUGUCGAAGACAGCAGCGAAGUUGGCCGAUGCCAUGAGCCGCAGAGAUGUGAUUUUUGCGAUGGUUGAUGCAGUGGAAGAAUUUAUUGCGCAGUAUAACGGAGAUCGUGAUCAUCGACAAGUUCCAGUUCGGAUGGAAACCUUAGACAGACUGAAUCUGGAGUUUGCCGAAGCCCAAACUGACAUCGAACGGAACGACGAUCAGGAGAAUAAGAAAUCCCAUUUAGAAGAACGUGUGCAGUUCGAGGCCCGUUAUUGUGAAGCGAAAGGUUUUUUGCUCUCUACCAGUCCCCCAGCAGACGCAAAUCAAUCUUCGGUGUGCAAUGCAACCUUGCUCGGUUCUGUUCCCCCUUCGUUCCAUCUCCGCUUGCCAAAAAUUGAUCUCCCAAAGUUUAAUGGUGACUUUUCUCGUUGGCUGUCGUUUCGGGACACAUUUUCUUCAAUGGUUCAUUCAAACUCGGACAUCCCAACCGUAGCCAAACUGCAAUAUUUGCUGCAAUGUUUAGAAGGAGAAGCACGUAAACCUUUUGAGUCAGUUGAUGUUGAGGCCAACAAUUAUGGAAAUGCCUGGAGUACACUUCUUAAGCGGUACGAUAACCGAAAGUUAUUGAAGCGACAGCUAUUUAAGGCCAUUUACGAUCUCCCACCAGUAAAUAGAGAAUCACCAGAAGAUUUGCACAAUCUGAUUGAUGAUUUUGAUCGACAUGUAAAGGCGAUGGCGAAACUAGAUGAACCCGUUGAACAUUGGGAUACCCCACUUCUGAAUCUUCUCUCCUACAAACUAGAUCAUGUGACAUUGCGUGCUUGGGAAGAGAAGACCAGCGAAAAUGAUGACGUUAAAUACACCCAAAUGAUAGAGUUCCUUCAUCAGCGAGUUCGUGUACUGAAAACAGUUAUGCCAGCUAAACUCCAGCAAUCGGAAGUGGCCAAAUCGACUGGUUCAAAGUACACUUCCAAGAAGAUGGUAGCAAACACAGUAGCAGCAGGGGCAAAGUCCACCUUUCCUUCUUGCGUCGCCUGUAAAGAAAAACAUCUGUUAUUCCAAUGCCCAAGGUUUGAGAGUUGGCCCGUUCAUCGUCGCCGUGAAUUAGUAGCAUCUAAGCGCUUAUGCUUCAACUGCUUCCGAUCAGGUCAUGUUGCCAUGAAGUGUGUAUCCAAGUACACUUGUCGAACAUGCCACGAAAGGCAUCAUUCUUUACUACACCUUCCCUCGUCAUCGAAGUCUAGCAUACAAUCCAUCCCACAGUCCAUACAACUCCAAGCCGCACAACCUCAAGCCGUACAACCACAAGCCGUACAACCAUCAGGCCUACAAUCGACAGCGAUAGAACAACCUGGCACUUCAGCACAACAUGUUAGCCUAUCCGUCCAAUCGUCAAACAGCACAGUAUUACUACAAACAGUGGCGCUGUUAAUUGUUGAUAAGCACGGAAACGAGUUACCGGCCCGUGCGCUAUUAGAUUCCGCCAGCAUGUGUAAUUUCAUAACGAAAAAAUUAUCGAAUGCACUUGAUCUUCGUCGAAAAACAGUUGACAUCGCGGUUUCAGGAAUCGGAGAUUCUGCGAAGCAGAUAAGAUGUCAGUUAACUGCAACGAUACGUUCACGAGUUUCUCCAUUCACAACCAGUUUAGAGUUCCUAGUUCUCAAGAAACCGACAGCAUGUUUGCCAACAGUACCCGUUGAUUUCUCACAAUGGGGAAUGCCUGAUGUUACGUUAGCCGAUCCAUCAUUUAACAUCCCAGCCGACAUCGAUCUUGUUGUUGGAGGCGAAGUGUACCACGAAUUUUACAAUGGCAGCAAGAUUUCUCUUGGCGAUGGAUUACCAGUUCUCGUCGACACUGUUGAGGAGAAGAAGUGCGAAGAAUUGUUUAUCACUACCACCACUCGCGAUUCGUCCGGUCGUUUCGUCGUUCGACUGCCACUCGCGUGUGACCCUCAAGUAACUAUCGGCGACUCCCGUGCUAUCGCUGAACGUCGCUUUCACAGUCUUGAACGAAGACUGUACCGUGACCUGCAAAUCUGUGAAGACUACACAAAAUUCAUCGAAGAAUACAUUCGACUGGGCCAUAUGACCAAAGUCGACGAUCCUGUUGAUGAUUCUUACCCGCAUUGCUACCUUCCGCAUCACCCUGUAUUCAAAGAAUCGAGCACCAGCACAAAGAUCCGUGUAGUCUUCGACGCAUCCUGCAAGACGUCGUCUGGUUUUUCAAUAAACGAUAUGCAGUUAGUUGGUCCAGUAAUUCAAGACGAUUUGCUGUCGAUCGUCUUACGUUUCCGCAAGCACCCAAUAGCCCUUGUAGCAGACAUCGAGAAGAUGUAUCGCCAGGUGAAAUUACAUCCGAAUGAUUGCGUCUUCCAACGAAUCCUUUGGCGAACCGAUCCCCAAGAUCCCAUUCGCACAUACGAACUCCAAACAGUUACGUACGGUUUUGCCUCAGCACCAUUUCUGGCCACCCGCGCACUCCAACAGGUGGCCGAAGAAGAAAGCGACAAGUAUCCCGUGGCGGCAGCAAUAUUUAAAAGCGACUUCUACAUGGAUGACUGCCUUACAGGUGCAAAUGAUAUUCGUUCAGCUAUUGAGUUCCGCCGACAAGCAACAGAUUUAGCCAACUCUGCCGGUUUUCCAUUAAAAAAAUGGGCUUCCAACGAAUCAGCCGUCUUAGAAGGAAUUCCACUAGAAGAUCUAGCAGUUUCGCCUGUUCAUAGCCUUCAAGAUGAGCAAUCUGUUUCAACUCUUGGUCUUGUGUGGGAGACCAAAACCGAUGUGCUUCGCUUCCGUGUACAGUUGCCGUUACCUGCAGCUGUGCUGACUAAAAGGAAAAUAAUGUCCUAUAUUGCCCAGAUUUUUGAUCCCCUCGGGUUGGUGGGUCCUAUAAUCACAGUUGCUAAACUGUUCAUGCAGUUGUUAUGGUCGCUUAAAACCGAAGAAGGCCACACAUACGAAUGGGAUCGUCCACUGCCGCCGCAGUACCAGGUUGACUGGAAAACCUUCCACGGGACGCUAGACACCAUCACCACCCUCAAGGUUCCACGAUUCACAUCAAUCGCCCAGGCAACGUCGAUCCAGCUGCAUUUUUUCUCAGAUGCCUCUGAGAAGGCGUACGGCAGCUGCUGCUACAUGCGUUCCGAAUGUGCCGGAACAGUACGAGUUUGUCUUUUAACAUCGAAGUCGAAGGUAGCACCCCUAACCAGUCACCACUCUAUCGCCCGCCUAGAACUGUGUGGAGCAGUUUUGUCGACUACGUUGUAUGAGAAGGUUUCACGUGCUCUCCAGGUUACCGCUGACGUUUAUUUUUGGACAGAUUCCACCACCGUUCUCCAUUGGUUACAGUCCACCCCGGCACGUUGGAAGACCUUUGUUGCGAACAGAGUAUCCGUGAUUCAGAACAAAACCGAUAUCAAAUCUUGGAAACACGUCCCCGGUGUAUCAAACCCCGCCGAUGCCUUAUCACGUGGAAUCAGUCCAACCGAAAUCUCUGACCAUCCACUCUGGUGGACUGGAGCUCCAUGGCUUGCUUUGCCAACGAAGGAUUGGCCUCAAACAGAACUAUCAAGUGCUAAAACAGUUUCCAUCCCCGAAGAAAGAACACCUGUAGUGUCUUUAGCUGUAUCCGAUCAAACAGAAGAUUUCGCCUCUAGAUUAUUCGGCUUAUACUCCAGUUUCAGCAAAUUACGCCGCACUGUCGCCUACUGUAUGAGAUAUUUACGUGCCGUUAAGGCUGUUAGGCGAAACGAGAGACUCGAACCAUUUCAGUAUCUGGAAUCAACCGAUUUGAAGGACACAGAACUAGCUUUGUGUCGUCUAGCUCAGAAACAGCACCUGUCCGAAGAAAUAGCCAGCCUAACUAAGAGCGGCCGUGUUUCUGCAUCAUCGCCAUUGAAAUAUCUACGCGCUAGACUCGACCCUGACGGAAUAAUCCGACUUCGUGGUGUUCUGAGCAAUGCACACCUUCCUGAUCAUGUCAAACAUCCAAUAGUUCUGCUUGCUAAGCAGCCCUUGGCGAGCCUGUUAGCCGAUUACUAUCACCGAACUCUGCUCCACGCCGGCCCGCAGCUCAUGUUAGCAACAAUUCGCCAAAGGUUCUGGGUCAUAGGUGCUCGUGAUCUAGCCCCUCGUGUUUAUCAUCAGUGCCAUAGGUGUUUCCGCAGUAAACCCAAGAUGAUUGAGCAGAGCGUUGCAGAUCUUCCGACUUCCCGAGUUGCUCCACGACGACCAUUUGCAGUUUGUGGUGUUGAUUACUGCGGCCCAGUGUAUAUCAAAUCCCCGGUGCGGAACCGAGGUCCAACGAAGGCCUACAUAGCAAUUUUUGUUUGUUUCACUACCCGAGCUGUGCAUAUAGAGCUGGUUUCAGACCUGUCAACAUCAGCUUUCAUCGCAGCCUUACGACGUUUUGCCGCUCGAAGGAACACACCACACGAAAUCCAUAGCGAUAAUGGAACAGCUUUCCGAGGUGCCCACAACGAACUGAGACGUAUUCACCAGAUGUUGAAGUCCGACGCUGAUGGUAAAAAACAGAUUCUCGACUGGUGUGCCGAAGCAGGUAUAAUUUGGAAAUUUAUCCCACCUCGUUCCCCCCACUUUGGAGGAUUGUGGGAAGCAGCGGUUAAGUCGGCAAAACAUCACUUGCUCCGGGAGAUUGGGCAAACCAACAUCACGUACGAAGACAUGACAACAUUAUUAACAGAAGUUGAAAUGUGUUUAAACUCAAGACCACUCAUCCCAAUUCCAACUGAGCCCGACGACAUAGAAGCUCUUACGCCUGGACACUUCCUAGUUGGAGGAAGCCUGCGAGCACCACCCGAUGAAGAUGUUGCUGAAGUUCCCGAUAACCAUUUGACACACUGGAAGCUAACCCAAAAAAGGUUCCAGCGUAUAUGGAGGAGAUGGUACCCAGAAUACCUUCAGCAACUACAAUCCCGAGCAACAAAGCACCAGAAGCCAGCAACUGUCAUCCAAGAAGGAAGUAUGGUCGUAAUCCACGAUGACUUGUUGCCACCCGCUCAAUGGCCGCUUGGUAUCGUCAAGAAACUGCACCCCGGUAAGGACGGCGUUGUUCGUGUGGUAACGCUACGAACCGGGAAACGAGAAGAUGUAAGGAGGUGUGUCAACAAGCUGGCCCUGCUUCCAAUGCCAGAUCCGCCAGCUGAACAAUGA